AUGGAUAAACUGUCUUCCACGAAAUCGGUCCCUCGUACCAAAAAGUUGGGGACCACUGCCCUAGAGAACCCCCACUGCAGAGGCUCCCCCAUCCAGGGCAUCCUUCUUUCCGUGAAAGAAAUUCUCCUGCCCCAGCGGUGUGGUUGGGGGAUGUUAAACUGUAAUUUGAAAACCUCUGUAUACCACACCCCCUCCCACAACGGAUCAGAAACAGUGAGGCUCAGAGAGAAGAGGAACGUGCCUGUCCCAGAGGAAGGCAGCGCCAGGCGGGGGCAGGAACCAGGUCUCGGUUCCCCAGCUCUGAGCGGCCUCCUCUGCUGGGUCCCCUGCACCCCCAAAGCCACCGGAAGAGGAUGUGAAAUGCUAGCUCGCUUGGAGAGGCAGGGCUUGGUGCCAGGCCGGCAGGCUGGGCCCCUGCCUCUCUGCCAGGAACCGGGGGCCUGA